AUGGCCGGCCACCGGAACAAGGCCUCCUGGUCCUCCGGCCUCUGCGGCUGCUUCGACGACGUCAGCGGCUGCUGCCUGACCUUCUUCUGUCCAUGCGUUGUCUUUGGGAGGAUCGCCGAGAUUGUCGACAAGGGAGCCAUAUCGUGUUGUGCGAGUGGGACAAUGUACGUGAUGCAGGCCUUGGGGACGACGGCGAUAGGCUCCAUAUUCUACCACUGCUGCUACCGUGCCAGGCUGCGGGUGGAGCAUGGUCUGGAGGAGAAGCCAUGCGCCGACUGCUGCGUCCACACCUUCUGUGGAUACUGCGCCCUCUGCCAGGAGUACCGCGAGCUUAAGAGUCGUGGCUUCGACAUGCACGCAGGGUGGCACGCAAACAUGGAGAAGAUGGGGAAGACCGUCGCGCCCCAAAUGAACCAGGGGAUGACUCGUUAG